CUAUAACUUAUAGCAUAUAUAGUAUUAAUGAUUGUAUUGUAUAUUAUGUUAGUGUUUGAGUCAAUGGUAGGAAUGGCAGUGAAUGUAUGCAAACAUAUAAAGUGAUAGUUAUGUGAAUUGACAUCAAUUUGAUGAUUGUUUUGGCCGUUAAUGUCAUUAAUGGUAUGCAAUCGAGAAAAUGCUUUCGACUUAAUGAUGGGUAUAUGGAUAAGAAGUCAUCUCAUCAUCACUUAGAGGACUCAAUGAGUAAAUAUUCGUCGAAAAGUUUCAAUAGUUUUCCCAUUUGUAACGACUCUUCGCAUGGAAAGCAUCGGAGGACAUACUCGCCAACCAAUGGCUCUAACAGUCGGUCCCGAAGUGUAUCUCCAGAUAAUUGGAGUCCAAAUCGCAGUGUUUACGGCAACAAAUCAUAUACGCGAAGUAAAGAUCGGGACAGAGAUAGAGAUCGCGAAAGAGACAAGUAUUAUGAAAACCGGAAGAAAAUUGUAAACUCGCGAACAUCAAGAAGUCGGUCACCGGUUGAGUCUAAACAUGAGUACAGUAAGAGUGUUAAUAACCAUUCAAGUCAUGACUUAAACAAUGAUCACAAAAGUAGUUCCAAUCGUAACAACAAUAAUAAUAGUAUAACUAGUUUUCGCGGUUGGAGAGAACAGAAGAGUUCUACCGGAAAAAUAUAUUAUUAUAACUCAAGAAGAAGUAUAUCCCAGUGGGAAAAACCACAGGAAUGGAUGGAAUAUGAGAGGAGACAUUCCUCCAAAUCUAGUAGACAUUCUCUACGUGACAGAAGUGAUAAAAACCAUAAAUCACAUUCAAAUGAAUUAUCCACUCAAAGAGAUAAAACUGAAAAAGACAGUUCCAGAAGUAAGUAUAGUGGAACUGCUGGAACUGAUAGUACCAGUAGUAACAGCAACUCGAGUAGUAGUAUUAGAUCUCAUUCACGACGUGAUGAUGAGUUUAGGCCAUCAUCUGAACGCAUCACAAGCAUUGACUCUAAACGCGUUCAAUUAAAUGAUACUAAAAAUAAUGUCUUGAAUUGUGUAAAGCGUGAACCACUUCACUCUCCAUAUGAAUCUUCAAAUACUGUUUUAAAUAAUAAUAAAACGAAUUCUAAUAAUCAAACAAAUGAUAUAAAUAGGACUCAAGGGAUCAGUUGCACCAAUAAUUACAAUAAUAACUCUGGAAGUGCUCAACAACUGUUAAAUCAAAUAUCUCAACCGUUAUCUCCGACACAAACACAAAAUCUACAGAAAUUAAUUUUAUCGAAUCCAAGUUUGGCUGAGUUGUCGCGUAAUAUCUCUGAAGAGGCUUUAAGAGCUAUUCAACAGGCCUUACAACUGACCGUUAAGGCCACUGACAGUAAGAGUCAAAACAGUCAAUUGUCGAGACAUAGGAACGAUAAAAGUUCGCCAAGAAAUGCAUCGACUGUUAGCCUCAAUAGUGAAUCACCCGUUUCGACAUCAGAGAGACAUUUAAGCCACCAUCACCAUCGACAUCAUCAUCAUAACCAACACCAUCACAAUCAACAUCACUCCCAUUAUAACCAACUUCAACACCAGAGUGCAGACGGUAUCCGACAAGAAUUGGAUCUUUUAAUAAGUCGAUCGCACAUUAAUAAGUCACCCAAUUCUGAAAAGAGUGCGAUAUCCUCGACCAGACACGACAGUCCACCUUCCAGUGUUACCAACAUUUCGACUGCUAUUAGUUCUGCAUCGCUUAAGCCAUCAGUGCCUUCAGUUCCCGCACUAACACCUUCUUUAGCCAACUAUUUCCGCGACGAUUUAGUAACUCAUGUGACCGGUUGGCAGGCGGAACACGCGGAGAAACAGGCAAAAAUGUAUUCAAUGCAAUCACAUGACAUCGGAAGUCUUCAGUGCACUCGAGUGUCUGCCGAACUCAAAAUGGCGCGCUCUCUGGUCAGACUCACCGAAAUACAGUCUACUCUUCAGGAACAGAGGAUAAUAUUUGCGAGACAACAGAUUAAGAAUGUGGAGGAAUGGAAGGGACAGAAUUCAUCCCAAACUUCAUAUCACUCCUAGUAUUUGCAAUUUGUUUUUUAUAUAUCAUAAUUAUAACUAGUGGUUAAUAAUUGCGAUCAAAUCAAUUAUAUAAUACUAUUGUAUAUUUAAAGAAAUUAUUUUAUGUUUACAUGAAAAUGUUUAAUAUUUUUUCGAUCGAAAAUUGUAUAUUUAAUUAAAAAAUAAGUAGCUUUUUAAUGAAACAACUGGUAGUCCC